AUGGCCAGCCCAGUGGAUGCGUCCCCUGCAGGCCAUGCCAGUGGGUUGGGUCCCCACCGGAGAAAGAGGACUACCUUCAGCAGAGGACAGCUGCUGGAGUUGGAGCGGGUGUUUGCAGCACGGCCUUACCCCGACAUCGGCACCCGUGAGCACCUGGCCCGGGUCACCUGCCUUCCUGAGGCUAAGAUACAGGUGUGGUUCCAGAACCGCAGAGCCAAGAGAAUCAAGAAUAGGAAGCCAGGAGGCCUAAGUCCCAGGCCCGAGCCUCUCCAGAGAUCCCUUUCUCUUCCGGACACCAUCCAGCAGUCCUGGGAGCCCCGCACCCUUAGCCAGCCUCCACCUUCCAACAGCACAGCUCAGUGUGCCUCUGUGUGUCGACAUGCCUCCUGUCCAGCUCCUGGCUUGGGUUCAGGGCAGGGCUGGGUAGGGGCUAAAGCUACAGCCCCGUGGGGACCAGCUGGGGCUUCCGGGGUCCACGUCUCUUCAGAGCGAGCUACUCCCCAGACCUCACUGGGCAGCCUGUCUGACCUCAUCUAUGCCUCGGCCAUUGUCACCAACCUGGACCACUCCUAA